AUGGUACUGAUAGCACAGUUAGGCCUACAUUAUAAUAAAAACGAUGAAAAGUUGGAAAUUUAUAUGCGUUCUUUUAUAAAUGUUCCACCGACAGUGGCAAGACAUGGAGCAAAAUGUGUUGCACGAAUAUAUGUGAUAAAAAAUGUUAGGAAAAGUUGGCUGUCACGACGAUCACCGACGAUAACGAUCGAUGAAAAUUCUCCUGACAAAUAUAUCUGUUUUAAAACAUUACCUGUUCUUCGACGCACAACUACAGUUUUCAAUGAAUUUUUCAGCUGUGAAGUUAAACGUAAUCUAUUUCAUGUGUGUGUAAUAAAAAUUCAGUUUUGUAACUUUGACAGAACUUUUCAAAUUAUUAUUAUUAUUAUUAUUAUUGAACUGGAGAUUUCGCUUCGUUACCUUCCAAGUUCGGAACGCCUUACAGUUAUUCUGAUCGGCGCGACUAAUUUGCGACUACUUGGUGAAACAAAUUCAAGUUAUUAA